AUGUCGGACUCGGUGAACUUAACAACAUCCGCCUCUUCGUCGGACACAUUGGAAACAAAGGAUGCAACGCCGUUCGUCACGCCCCCACUGAUCUCGGGCAUCCGUUAUGCCUGUAUCCCUAUAUGGAGCAUUCUCCUCUGCUUUGGAAUUUUCGGAAACGCCCUCACUGUAUUUGUGCUUCGCGCCAAACGCUUGCAACAAUCGAGUACCUCCUUCUACCUCACCGCUCUAGCCAUCACCGACAUGCUCUACCUCCUCACCAGCCUCGUCGCCUCAAUCGCCAACUUCAUCUUCUUCUUCCCCUUGGAGCUGCGUCAACUCUCCCGCACCUUCUGUGUGUUCACACCCUUUCUCAGUUACACCCUGGCCUACAUCAGUGUUUGGCUACUCGUCACGGUCACUGUUGAACGUGCUGUUUGGGUCGUGCUACCCUUUCGUGCACGUCACAUCUGCACGAAACGCACUGCCAAGUUCGUGGUGGUUCUCCUGGUGUUUGGCUUCACUCUCCUCGAUAUACAUUUUUUUGUCACGAUGCGCUAUCAUGAGGUGCGACCGAAGUAUUGGGCCUGCAUGACUACCUACUUCUCCGAUAAGGUUUUUCCUUUCCUUGAUCUCCUCCUUGUUGCUGUUCUUCCGUGCACCAUUAUGCUUGUCGCUAACUGUCUCAUUGGCUGGAAACUGCGAGUGAUGCGGAAGUUUCGUUCAGGAACCGCCAGUGGAGCUGUGAGCAACAACAACACCGAUCAAGGGAGUGGGGACAAACGCGAAAAGUCUAUUAAUCUUACUCGAAUGCUUGUCUCAACGAAUGUUUUUUUCAUUGUCUCUGUAACACCGUUGCUCAUAUACGAUGUAGUCUUCUUCUCUGUGGACAUACGAGCCUGGGCAGAGGAGGCGGAAGAGGUACGAGGUGGGAUGAUAUUCGCCAUAGAACGUUUAGUCUACACACUGUGGUAUACCAACUUUGCUAUCCACUUCCUCCUGUACUGCCUCAGUGGACCCCCAUUCCGCGCCGAGGUGUUGGUUCUCUUCAAUCGCCUGCGUGACCGCACGCGCAAGCCUGCUCGCAAGCCCACAGUAGAUCAUACGGAAUUAAAACGCCCCGAGACUGGUCUCACCUCCACCAUCAAUGCUGUUUCCAUCGGCGACGACGUCUACAGCCGAGAGGAACUCCUGUGA